AUGGCCCGACCCAGCCCUUUUGUUUGCUCCCAACUGCAUCCCCAGCUGAGGCCGGAGGACAGAGAGAAAAUGUUGCAGGACGAAGUGCGCGCUCUGCGCUGUGAUGCUCAGCAGCCUGGAUCGCUGCAGAGGUUGGACUCGCUGCUCAGUACGUACCAGCAUGAGCAGGAGGAGGAGGGUGCUGCGGAGCCAUGGCUGGCCAUGGACAUCCUCCGCUGCUACCAGGACAUCUGGCUCAGCCUGCCAGAGCACGCUCGAGACGGAAAGGACACGGCCACAAACACAGUCCUCGCCCGCAUCCAACACCGCAUGAAGCAACGGACCGCGCCUCUCCCUGACCUCCUGCUCAACGACUCCUCUCGACCAGCCCUCAUCGACCCGACCUCCAACCAGCAACUCUCGUACGCACGACUCCGGUCCUUCAUCCAUGACUUUGAGCUCGGGCUGCCGUUUCCCGCGCAGGGACGGCCUAGGGUUGCCGUGAUGCUUCCGAACGGACCGAUCCUUGCCCUGGCGGUCAUGGCCAUUGCGAACCGAUACACCAUGAUCCCGAUGGCUAGGACCGUAGCCCCUGAGCAGCUGAGGGCGGACGUCGAGGCCGUCGAGGCCGAUGCGAUUGUCAUGCUGGAAGCUGAUGUCGACAAGGUCCAGCUGGACGAGAGCCUGCCUGUUUUCGCCGUCCACCCACAACCAGACCUCACCUUCACCGUAGCUUCAACGAACCCUGCAUUCGUGCCAGCACAGAGGACGAACAGGAGGAACCCCGACGACGCGGCCGUGCUCCUGUUCACCAGUGGCACCAGCGGCAAGAAGAAGCUGGUCCCAAUCACAGCCUACAAUCUCUUUGCCAGUGCCGUCUUCACCAUGGACAGUGUAGCGCUCGACGGCACCUCGCGUUGUGCCAACAUGAUGCCGCUCCAUCAUGUGGGAGGGAUGAUCCGCUCCCUCUACGCGCCCAUGCUCGCCGGUAGCUCGACCAUCUGCUGCGCCUCCUUCGACCCGAGUCUGUUCUGGGACGUCGUCGAGGCCUGGAGUCCGACCUGGUACUAUGCGACGCCGACGAUGCACCAGAUGAUCCUGGCCGAGUCCGAGCACCGGGCCGACGCCCUUCGGCAGAGCCAGAUCCGGUUCAUUAUCAACGCAGGCGGUGGUCUUCCCGCGACGCUUGCUGUCCAACUGCGCGAGGUGUUCCAGUGCACUGUGCUUCCCAGCUACGGUAUGACAGAGUGCGCGCCGAUUGUGGCGCCACCGACGAAUUACAAGCUCGAUCGGGAGGGCACGUCAGGGCGACCGGUUGGGCCGGACGUCGCCAUUCUGGAUGCGUCUGGACAGCGUGCGCCAACGGGUGUGACGGGCAGGAUCUGCGUUCGUGGAUUCCCCGUUUUCCCUGGAUAUCUGACGGAGCAGGGUGUCAUCAACAAGGAUGCGUUCGAUGCGAAUGGGUGGUUCGAUACCGGUGAUCUUGGGCAUCAGGACGGCGAGGGAUACCUGUUCAUCACCGGGCGGAGCAAGGAAGUCGUCAACCGUGGAGGCGAGAUCAUCUCGCCCAUUGAGGUGGAAAGCGGAAUUCUCUCAGCGGCACGAGACCCGUCUUCUGCUCUCUAUGGCCGCAUCUCAGAGACCCUCGCCUUCUCGACUCCCCAUGACGUCCUGCAGGAAGUGGUUGGCGCCGUCAUUGUGACACCCGCAGGCAAAGCACGGCCUGACCUGCGACAGCUCCAUGAAGCCCUUGCUGAGCGGCUGCUCCAGCCAAAGUGGCCGGCUCUGAUUGUGUACAUGGACGAGGGCGUGCCCAAGUCGAACAACAAACUGCAGCGCAUCCGGUUGAGCCAGCGAUUAGGGCUGGAGACCCUGACGGACGCUACCCCGGUGGCUGAGAGGCACUUUGAAGCCAAAUGCCCGGCUCAGGGGACGCCAUUGACGGUUUCCAUCCCUCAUACGAGCUGCAUGAUCGACGGCCAGCAAGCUCUUCCAUUUAUCGCAGAGGCCUCCGGCAACCCAGACGUAGUGAUGCGCCACAACCCCGUCGACGGCUUUCCUCAGGCCAUCUUCUUCAACUCCGAAUCCCAAUCCCCCAUCACCGUCGCCGAGCUCUUUCACUCUCUUCGACAUUCCGUCCACGGAUACCUCAUCCCCAGUAGCGUGAAAUCCCUCCCUGGCCCCAUUCCCCUUGAUCUGAACAGCUAUGUUGACGAGAAGGCCGUGGAUGAGGCCCUCCGGUCUCUCAAUGCUUCUGCCGACUCCUCUUCGACUGAGUACCGCGUUCGUGGCAUCUUCGCCCAGGCGCUCAGCCAGGCUGUUGACGAGGUUGGCGCGGAUACCGACUUCUUCGCUGCUGGAGGAGACAGUCUCUCCGCCGGCCGUCUGAUCUCAACCCUUCGUCGUGAAUUCGGCAUCCGUCUCUCGGGAGACGUUCUCUUUUUGCAUCCUACUGUUGGGGAUAUCACUGAUAUUGUCGACCAGGCCUGCGCGAAGAAAUCCCCUGAUGGCGCUCCGGUGGAACUUCCCGGGUGCACCGAAACACACAGCUCAACGAACCCAAUCGUACUGAUCCUCCAGCUGCUGCCAAUGCUUGUCUUCUAUCCAAUGCGGGUUGGAUUGCAAUGGACUAUCUUCGUGUUUCUGAUGGGCGAGACGGCAAGACGCUUUCCUCCUGAUGGUGUGCUGAUGGGACGCCUGCUGCAUAUUGUUCUCAUUGGACUGGCUUCGCGUAUUGCAAUCGGGAUCAUUGCACCGGUGUGUGCUAUUCUGUGCAAGUGGCUUCUCAUCGGACGGUACAAGGCCGGGCUGUAUCCCAUGUGGGGAUCGUAUCAUACACGCUGGUGGUUGACGCAGAAGGCGAUCAAGAUUAGUGGAAAGGGAGUAUUCAACUACUUUGAUUUCACUCGCAAUCUCUACUACCGCCUGCUGGGCUGCCACAUCGGCCGCAACGUGACGAUCCACCAGUCUGCCUCGCUGGGCGAAUACGACCUCAUCCGCCUGGAAGACGACGUCGUCCUGGAAAACUGCAUUGUGCGCCCAUUUGCCGUUGAACGAAACACGUCCAUGCUCUUGCAGCCUAUCACCAUCGGGUCUGGGUCCCAGAUCGGUCUCCGUACCGUCAUCGCCCCCGGCUCAAACCUCCCUCCCAACACAUAUCUCGGCCCCAACUCCUCCAGCUGGGAAAUUGACAGCUCAGACGAAGCGAACAAGGACCUGAACUCGGCCGCCAUUCAAGGGCCUCACUGGUUCUGGGCUUUGCUUCUCGUCGAGCCCCUUGGGUUGAUUGCCGGGUUCGCGUACCGGUUGCCCUGGCUGGCCGGGUUGGUCCCCAUUGUGAUGCAUUACCCCCUGCACGGAUAUGACAUGCUGCGGGUGAUUGUCUUCUGGUUCACCAACCCCACGCGUAUUGGCUGGCACAUUCUCGCGCGUAUCUACUACGCCGUCGCCGGUCCCAUCCUCUGGUUCAUUGCCAUCCUCCUGAUCAAGACCUUCCUCGACCUCACCUGCGGCCGAGCCCAGACCGGCCCGAUCGAGAAGAUGUCCCAGCGCCAGAAGAUCCGGCAAGCGGCGCUCUUCAAGGUCCUCCCCAAUGGAAGUCUCGGUCCCCUCACCCGACUCAUCGGCAAGCACUACGAGCUCGUGUCGGUCGCCAUCCGCCUCCUCGGUGGCCGCGUCGGCAAGCGCAUCUACUGGCCGUCUGUUGGCCCCGGCAUCCAGGACUUUGAUCUCGUCGAGGUCGGCAACGAUGUUGUUUUUGGCUCUCGCUCGUACCUGGUCACCAGCGACGGCAGCGGCAGAGAACGCGUCACCAUCGCGGACGGGGCCAUGCUGGGGGACCGUGCCGUGGUCCUGCCUGGCGUCACCAUCGGCGAGAUGGCCAUGGUCGGCUCUGGCUCUCUGCUCCGUCGCAACGGCUUCUACCCCCCUGACACUGUCUGGACCGGCAGCAAGAACGGCAACGCCAUCCAGUUCCCUUCUAUCGGCUCCAACAACAACCAGCUAUCUUUUCACAACGAGAAGCCCAAGGCCUCGACCCCAUCCUCCUCGUCUGGCUCCGCCACAGUCACAGCCAACAACUCCGGCUCGUCAACCCCUGAGCCCUUCGACAAAAAGGCAUUCGAAGCAUCAGCCCGCCAGCUCCCCAUGGAACGCGACACAACCCGCCCCUUCGGUCGUGCGUUCUACCAAGGCUUCGCCAACUUCUCCGUCAUCCCCAUCCCCGGCAUCGUCUGCUACUCAACCUUCAUGGUCAUCCUCUCCACCGUCUGGCGGCUCAUGGGCGUGCUGGCCGGCCUCCUCGUCCUCGCGCACGCUUUGCGACAGGAAUACCGCGCCUUCGACCGCGAGUGGUGGCAGCCCUUCUCCGUCUACGGCCUGUUCACAGCCGUGGUCUCCGCCGUGUCCUUCGCGCAAACCAUCAUCGGCGUCACGGUCGUCAUCGCAACAAAGUGGGCCGUCAUGGGCCGCAGAACAGAAGGCGCAUACCACUGGGACAAAUCCUCCUACAACCAGCGCUGGCAGUUUUACUUGACUGUCGAAACCCUCAUCAAGGACUCCUACCGCGGCAUCGGCGUCCUGCCUAUGCUCUCGGGCACCGCAUACCUCAACGCAUUCUACCGCCUCAUGGGCGCAACAAUCGGCAAGGACUGCUCGCUCCUCUCGAACGGUGACCCCAACAUCCUGCUUACAGAGCCUGACAUGGUUACCCUCGGCGACCGGGUCGCAGUUGACGAUGCGUCGUUGGUCUGCCAUCUGAAUACAAGGGGUGAAUUCGAGCUGCAUCCGCUUGUCGUUGGCGACCGGAGCAUCCUGCGCACCGGGUCAAGACUCAUGUCCGGCGCGACGAUGGGGAAUGACGCCGGUCUGCUUGAGCAUACGCUUGUGCUCUCUGGUGAUUGCGUUGAUGAUGGCGUUACGAUGCAGGGGUGGCCGGCGGAGCCCGUAAGGUACUUUUACACAGAUGGUGGAAGGGAGGUGGUCUACAUGGGCCCGUACGUCCUCGGCGCAUAUCAAGCAUUCAUUCUAGUAGAGAGAGCGCGGGCAACUGUAGCUAAAGGUAUGCACCAACGCCGUCUAGGCCAGACCCUGGCCAAGUCCAGCAAGGGCUUCCUAUGGUACGGAUACGCUGGGCAAGAAACAGCCUCUACUUUCCAAGGUUCUACAGGAGGGGGUCUGUAUACGGUGAUGAACGAGAACUAUUUCUUUCUCACGCCCAUAGGGUAUAAGGGAAUGCAAAACUCAACCCCUAUCUCCUUCCAUCACACCGACCAAGACGCAAUGGCCUCAGACCCGAAACAAAUGGACCUGGUGAUCGUCGGCGCCGGUACCGCCCAUACAUACCCUACUCCAGCAUCCCACCCUGCCCGCGCCCAGCUAUGGUGGACUACCCCUUUCUCCGGGCUGCAAGGCUGGCUCGGCCUCGCCGCCGCAAAGAGCGCACUGGACCUCGAUGCCGAUAUUAAGCCUGUCGUCCUUGGUUCCGCCGGCUCACUGGGUGGAGUCUGUGCAAAGAGCGGCUAUAUCCAGGGUUACGUACGAAUGAACCGGCUCAGGAGCUACGCGUACCGUGAUUUUGCGAUGCAGGACGCUGUGCCGCACCGAGUGGAAGCUGCUGGACAUAUAGCUGGACACGCGGUGCAUGGGCAUCUCAGGGCGACUCAGUCAGCGCCGCUCUUCCGUGUAAAGGAGUUUGCCACGCACCAAGGAUCAAUCUUGGCCGAGUCUGCCAACCAUGUCAACAAUAGUGGCCAGCUCUCCUGGCCGAUAACAGUCCUCGGCGGAAGCAAAUCCGCCUGGGACGCUGUCUACGCCUGCGCAUCAACCGGCCACCCCGUCGCCUGGAUCAUCCGCGCAUCAAGCACCGGGCCGGCAUCGAUAUCCCCGGCACCCGUUAUAGCCCCCUUGAAUAUUCUCCUCGAGAGUCUCCCUCUCGUUCGUGUCCUGGGCUGGUUCACCGUGUAUCUGGGCAAGGAAUCCUAUACGCAGCUUUCUGCAUGGGAUGUAGCUUGGCUGUCUGAUUGUGCGGCUUUUGUGGGGGCCUAG